UAGAAGAAGGACAACUAUAUACUUCUUCCAUGGCGCCAAGUUUGGCACUAGAUCCUUGGAGUGUGUAGCAAGCACAAGCAUUGGAUCAUCUUUUUCUAGCUUCCUCUUUUUUCCAGGUCCGAUCCACCGACAGCAUAUAUAAGUGCUGGCUCAUACCUGCCUGUCGCCUUGCUUUUCACUGCUAAUCGCAUUCUCGAGAGCACAUAGCCCAAGACCCGAGGUGCCACGCCUGCAUCAAAUUGAGGACGUACGGUACGGUCAAGCCAUGGCCGCCGUCGCUGCCAUGGUACCAUACGUGAAGAAUCUGAUUGCGGGCAUGGCAGAAGAAGAGGUGAACAUGUUGUUGGGCGUAUCCGGCGAGAUCACCAAGCUGGAGGACAACACGGAAAGCAUCAAAGCCUUCCUGGCAGAUGCUGAGAGGAGGCGCAUCACCGAGAAGAGCAUCCAAAGAUGGGUGAACAAGCUCAAGGAUGCCAUGUACGACGCCACCGAUAUCCUAGACCUGUGCCAACUCGAGGCUGACAAGAGGAGGGAAUCUGAAGAUGGCAGCAUGGACAAGAAGGCUCCUAGUUGCUGCCAGUCAUUGCUCUUCUGCCUGCGGAAUCUUGUGUUCGCGCACAAGAUUGGCAGCCGCAUCAAAGAUCUGAACCAGCGUCUGGACGACAUCCGCAAGGGGGCUUAUCAGUUCAACUUUAAUAUCAUGUUUGGUUCUUAUCAAGACAGGAGGAUGACCAGCCAAACUGAACACUCCAGCCGCAAGGCAAUGUCAGAGUUUGACGAGUCAACCAUUGUUGGGAAGAAUGUCGAGAAUGAUAUGAAGUUUCUUAUCCAAGAACUAAUCACUGAUGACAACAACAACGACAACAACAUCAAGGUAGUUUCCAUAUCUGGCAUGGGUGGCAUCGGAAAGACCACCCUUGCCCAGAAGAUCUUCAAAGAGACAACCAUCCAAGAGAACUUCAAAACUAAGAUAUGGCUGAGCAUUGGCAAGCACUUUGACGAUGCUGAGUUAUUGAGGUCUGCAAUCAAACAUGCUGACAGAGAUCUUGGUGAGGAGCUAGACAUGUCCCUCUUUGUACGGACCCUCACUGACGCCUUGUCAGCGAGCAAGUUCCUAGUGGUGAUGGAUGACAUUUGGAGUGAUGAAGCAUGGAGUAAUGUACUUUGUAUUGCAAUCAGAAACGCCAGCCGGAAUAAACCGGGGAGCAGGGUCCUUGUCACUACAAGAUUAAAAGACUUAGCUUCAAAGAUGGGAGAAUCCUUCCACCAACAUCAUGUCAGCCCGUUAGACGAGGAGGAUGCCUGGUCCCUGCUCAAGAAACAAUUGACACCUGAUCAGGUAGUCGGAAUUGAGCAGCUGAAAAAUAUCGGGAUGGAUAUUCUUAAAAAGUGUGACGGCUUACCCCUUGCAAUUAAAGUGAUCGGAGGACUGCUAAGCACGAGGUACCCAAGCGAGCGUGAGUGGAAGGCUGUUUUGGACAGUCCCGCAUGGUCAGUAGGUGGACUGCCUGAGCUCCCCAGCUGAAGCAAUGCUUUCUAUACUGCUCACUCUUCC